GUCCGAUAAAACUUAAUAAAUAGAACGGCGGAUGUCCUCGUAUUUUGGGAAAGACCAGGUAACCGAGGCUAACAAGUGCGUGUGACCCGAAGCCGUGACAUAUAAAUUGAAAACGAGGCGUAGUUGUUUCAGUGAGAUGCAAGUAGAGGAAGUAAAAAUUAAAAACGAAGGAAACAUGGACAGUUCUUAUGAAGAAAGAAAUAACCAUCACAGUAGUAAACGAGAAAGAUCCAGAUCUAGAUCUCCAGUUAGAAGAGAAAGAUCCAGAUCCAAAUCUCCUGCAAAUGAUGGCCGAAGACGUAUUGUCAGUAAUGUUACAUCAAAUAAAGUUAUUAUUAGAAAUAUUCCGUAUGAAACUCCCUGGCAAGAACUGAAAGACUUAUUCAGAAAAGAAGUUGGCUAUGUGGUAUAUGUAGAACUUUUUAAGGGCAAUGACGGUAGACCCAAUGGUAUGGGUGUGGUAGAGUUUAGAGAUCGUGAAACUGCCAGGAAAGCCAUUGAAAAAAUGAACAAACAUGUGUUGAUGGGUAGAGCUAUUAUAGUUAGAGAGGAACGAGAAAACGAUAAGAGAAUGUAUGGUCAGAACCAAGGUGGACCAGGUGGUCCUGGUGGCCCCGGUGGUCCCAUGGGCGGUGGCCCCAUGGGUGGUGGACCAAUGGGUGGACAUAUGGGAGGACCACCAAUGGGAGGAGGUGGCCCAGGUAUGGGUAAUAUGGGAGGUGGUGGCCCUGGAGGAAUGGGCCCAGGUAUGGGCAAUAUGAUGGGAGUAGGUGGUGGAGGGGGAAAUGCAGGAAUAAGCCCCCAAAUCCUGAACCAAUUAGGAAUUGAAGGCCCUGUCACACCAUCUGUUUUUGUAGCUAAUCUUGAUUACAAAGUAACUUGGCAAAAACUGAAGGAUGUUUUUAAAUUGGCUGGUAAAGUUAUAAAAGCAGAAAUUAAAAUUGAUAAAACCGGAAAAAGUCGAGGAAUGGGGACAGUUUUAUUUGAACAUCCCAUGGAAGCUGUCCAAGCUGUCUCUAUGUUUAAUGGUCAGUCAUUGUUUGAUCGUGUUAUGUCUGUGAAAAUUGAUAAUAUUGAUGCUGAAAGAGCAUCAGCUCCACAGUCGAAAUUACCCUCUGGUUUGAAAUCCAUUGGCAUGGGUUUGGGUACAGGAGGUAUUCCAUUACAAAAUAUUUCUCAAAGCUAUAACAGUGGUCCAAUGGGAGGUGGAAUGGGAAAUAAUGCCAUGGGUGGAGGGGGAAUGGGUAACAUGGGGGGUAUGGGGAGUAUGGGUGGUGGGGGAGGAGGAAUGGGGAAUAUGGGUGGUAAUUUUGGUAUGGAUGCAGGAGGUAUGGGUAGUAUGGGCAACAUGGGAUUAGGGAUGGAUAGUGCUUUAGGUGGUGGGUUGUCAGGAGGCUUAGGUUCAGGGAUGGGAAGUGGAAUGUCUAGUUUGGGUGGUGGAAUGUCAGGAAUGGGAGGGGGUAUGGGUGGUGGCAUGCCUAAUAAUAAUUUAGGCGGAUUAGGUAAUAUGGGUGUUGGAUUAGGAUCAGGGUUAUCGAGUGGAAUGGGUGGGUUAGGGCGCAAUUCUAGCAUGGGUAUGAGUAGCGGUAAUAUGGGCAUGGGAAUGGGAUCAGGUGGUAUGGGAUUAGGAUCUGCAGGUAUGGGUGGUGAUUCAUACAGUAAUAUGGGAGUAGGUAUGGGUGGUGAUAGAGGUGGUAUGGGUAUGAUGGACAAUAGAAGUCGUAUGGAUAAUUAUGGUGAGAGAGAUCGUGGACGACGUGAUGACAGAGAAAGAUCUGUGGGAAGUUUAGCUGAUAAAGGUUUCACUACCAAACCAGACAAUGCUACUGUCAUAGUUAAAAAUUUACCAUAUUCUACUCAAUGGAAAGCUUUAAAAGAAAGAUUUGCUGAUGUUGGUGAAGUAAGAUUUGCUGAAAUUAAAAUGGAGAAUGGAAGAUCAACAGGAAUGGGUUUAAUUAGAUUUGCUACGCAAGCUGAUGCAGAACGUGCUAUCAAUGUGAUGCAUAAAACACAGAUAGAUGGACGAGAGAUAACGGUACGAAUGUACCGUUAACUGAAAGCCACUAGUUGUUUGCCACUAAACCAAUGUGUAUGUAACCUUUUUCAACACUCAUCAGUUUUUGUUGAUGGUUAGUUGUGGUCACUAGAUGGUUAUAUUGGACAUUAAAGUUUUAUAAAGCUGGACAGUUGUCAGACAAUGAUACUGGUUGAAUUUUAAAGAUUUUUCUCUUUGAUUUUAAAUGGAGAAAAUCGGGAAUCAUCAAGUUCACUUUUAGAAACUUCUCAUAUUUAUCAAGGUGCUGAUUUUAAAUUAGUUUAGUGACAAACUAAGUAAAUAUUGAUGUCAUCGAUCGUAAACUAAGCUACUGUGAAAAUUGGUUAUGUAGUUUUAAGUGAUUCAUAUUUUUUUUUUAUCAUUUGAUCAAUCAAAAUUGGACAUACAUUUGAUGUAAAGCGUUCAUUUAUGUAGUGUGUUGUUAUAUCAUAGGUCUAUAAUAAACAUAUAAUUAUAUAACGUCUUUUUUCUUCUACUCUAACAAAGACAGAAGUUGGAUAUUGUAGGUUCUUCAUUUUCAUGGAUUAUUUGGAAAUACUCAUGUAUUUAGUGUCAAAGAAAAUUUCUCGGGGUUAAGAGAGUUCAGUCUCGGUUACAUUUCAGAUAUAUGUAUCAGAAUGCUUUGCCACAUAUGAAUUAUCAUGGAACAAAAAUUUAUGCUGAAUUGUUGAAAAUAGUUCUAGCUCAUUUCCAUGGUUAUGGAGUUUUUAUCUUCACAGAAAAUCGCAGUCUUUAAAGGAACAAUAACACUCUUGCUGGCUUGAAAGCUCCAGAAAAUAAAUAAUAUCUCUAUCUAAGUACUAGAUGUUUAAGUGUCCUACCUGUUGUGUAAAUUAUCCAUUACAUCCUAUUUUACUUGUCCAGAGGGUUCGAAAAUAUUUUUAAAUCGAAGUUUCAUUUGAAAAGGUUUACGUUAGACGUUUCAAACCAUUAUGUUGAAUUUUUCAAAUUUUUGAAAUAUUAUUAAAUAGUACAAUUUGUUGACCAGAAAAAAGAUUGGGACAUAUUAUUCAGUUACAACAAGAGUGGUAUUGAGCCUUUAAGACAUAAAUAAAUGGACUACCUAUUCAAUUAUCCAACCUGAAUAUUUAAGCUUAUUUAGCUUACGGUUUUAUGAACUUUUAUGUACAUAUUAAAAAUCAUUCGAUAGAAGAUGGAACAAAUCUGGCCUUGGUUACCAUUUAGUGGACUAAUACAAUUCAAAUCUUGUGAUUUCUGAUAGAAAUCAUUGAUAUUGCAACAAAAAGGGUGAAAUGUCAAGUCAUGUUCUAGAUACCCAAUAUUUUGCCAGUUACAUUAUGAAUUGAGAAGUCUUUCUCAGAAUGUCGAUCUCAGAAGGCCAUUUUUAUUGAACAACUUAUGCAUGUUUACUGUGGUGGACCCAAUGACGUUUUUUUUUCUGUUGAACCAAAAUAUUUAAUUGGGUGUGUACGGAUGUGUCUCUUAUAAAUAAGAAGCCUAGCUGUAUGAUCAAUAAUACUCAUUUAUAGCUGCUCAUUGUUUUUGUGUCAAAUUGAAUUUGUUGCCAAUGUUUGUAUUGGUGAUGUUUUGCAGCCUUGAAAUGUACUGUAACCAGCGUACUAAGAAAAGGGAAGUAGAAAUGUCUUUCAUUCAAUACAUUCUGUGCAUUGUGUCCUUUGUCAAAGUUGCCAAAUUCAAUAUGAUUGUUACUUGGGGGUAAUAUUUGUUAUGCUUGAAAGAUGUAUUACUUUCAUAAGUUCUUUUUCAGGCUUGCUUUAUUUUGUCAGUAAUACAAACAUUAUCAUUGGAUAUGUUGUCUGGGUUUAAAGCUCUACUACAAAUAUUUUGACAUGGAAUGUGAAAUUCUUUUUAUUUUGAUCCUGAAAUGAUGUCUCCAUAUGAAGUCUUGAAAUCAACCAUCUGCCUUGUACAUGUAUCUGAGUUAUUUAUCCAGAGUAAACGGUUUGAUUUUGGGUACCUGUAUCAUUAUUUUCAUUAAACAAGUCCUCAAUAUUUUUGUGAUGGGUCGUGUCUGCAUUUGGCUUUUGAUAAUCCUUUCAAAAUACUUACUUGACUCUUUUUCAAUGAAUUGAUUUAUAUGACACAAGUUUUAAGAAGAUGUGACAUUUAUGGGGGUUGGGAGAAUUGUGGGCGCUUUUCCUUUAAUUCAUUAUUGAGGGGUUGGUUAUGAGAAAGGAAGUGCAAAUUUUUAUUUGAGAUGAUAAUAACAGUUGUGUGUGGAUAUUGUAUUUGUAAGUAUGGUUAUUUUUUAUUUACUUGAAAUGGUGAAUGAGCUAAGCUCUUGUUGUUUAAUUAAUGUAACUUCGAGCAAAUCCAUGUUGUGCACUAUUUUUUUUUUUAUUGAAAGAACAACACAAUAUACUGUUUUUCCUUUCUUUGAUUGCCGUUGAUGCUUGAUGCAGAGAUCCAUAAAAUAAAUACAUGUGUAAAGAAGUAAUUGUUUGGUGUUCGAAUAUGUCUAUGCUAAUCAGGCUUUCAUUGUUUAAAAAAAAAACACACCAGGAAACCUUGUGUUUAUACAAUAAAUCAUAGAAGGUUAUGAGUGGGUCUUAAAUACUAGUUUUUUUGUGAAGAAGAGAUUACCAAAAGUCACUAUCUGAAGAUUGAAUCCUCGCACAUAUAUUAAGAAGAGAAGUAGAAAUUCCCAGAUAUGAAAGCCAAAAUUUAAUUUGGUUUUUGGUCUAACAGGUUGUUCUCUCUUGAUGUCGGUCAUAUUUGGUAUUUGAAACCUAUUCUAAAUGAUUAUUCCAUGUCAGUUUGCUCUGUUUUAAAUUAUAAAUAACAUUAUUAAACUGUUCUGUAUUGCAAUUAAAUUUCACAGGCCUGGUGCCUAUUGAUUCAAAGAAAAAUUAAAUAUUAAUGAUUCUUCAAUAUUGCUUUUUUAGAACUUUUUUUUAGCUUUGAAAAUCAUUUUGUGCUAUGUUUUAACAAAUAUUGUUUUAUUCUACUUAGGUUGUUAAUCAAAAAUGGUUAUGGUACUUCCUCUGCAUGCAUUUCAUGGUUUUGUAUAAACCUAGUGCAGGGUGAAAUGGAAGGAUCACCAAGAAAUAAGACCGGGAAUGAUGCUUGAACAAGAUAUAAAUUAUGUCUUAGAUUUAAAAAUAUAAGGUAUGGUAAGCCAUGUUGGGGAUGAUUGCAGAUUGUGAACCAGAGAGAUGACAUGAGAAUCUGUACAAUGUUCAAUAAGCUUAUAACUAACUGUAUGACAUAGGCUAAUGCCAAGUAAAGAAUUGUGAUACUUUUAAGAUAGUCAUGAUCAUUAAAUGUAUAUUGUAUUUUCUUUAAAUACAUAUUAUAGUUAUGAGACUAAAAUCCAACAUAAAGAAUUGUCUCUGCAGGGGCUAGUUAUAUUUUAUAUAACAAACCCAUUUAGAAAAAGACGACGGUUAUAUGAACAAAGUCAAUAUCUACACGAUUGUUUGUUCAUGCUGCUGAAUAAUGAACUCAAAAUAAACAUUAAAAGCCAAAACGGGAAAAGUAAGACUGUAAAUUGAAAUUUCUAACCAACCCUUAAAGGAGCUAAAUCGCUAAUAUUUGGGACCUAGAAAUUGACCCAAAUGUGUAUCAACGCAUAUAAUAAAGUAAUCUGAUUGUAUAUAAACUGAUUUACAUUCAAUUGUUUCCGUUUUGUCUCUAAUUUCAAAUCAGUUAUGUCCAGCGAAAUACGGCAAGAGUCUAAACCGAAUAGCAAUAUCUAGCGUCUGGUUAUUCUAGUCUAUUGCUCAAGCUCUUCAGAUAAGAUAUGGCGUCACCGUUUGACAUGAGCUGUUGAAUAUGUAUAGCCUUGUUCUUUCUAGUCACUUGUUGCAAAUGACACUAAAACGCACUAUGGUACACGAUUCGUGUACCACUUGUAAAAUGUUUAUUUUUUUCUUAAAUAUUAGAUAUCAGAAGCCUACCUUUUCAUGGAAAGCUCACAACAUCAAUGUUUUGAAUUAACAAAUAAUUCGUAUUUUCAACGUGUAAUGUUUUGGAUAUUGACUUAGCUACUUUAAGUAAUAUGGAAAAAUAAACAAUAUUUCAAUUUA